GACAGAAAGAGAGAGAGAGAGAGAGAGAGUGAGUGUGCAUGCAUUACAAUGUCUGUGCAGGGGGUGUUUUCCAGCAUGUUUAGACAGUACAUCUGCUAUUCCUUUCACUAUAAAUAAAUAAUCAUGCAGAGAGUUUAUAAGUUGUUGUGGAUAGUCUAGUUGGUUUAGCCAGUAUGAGUGCAUGAUAGAAUGCUGCAAGAUUUGCAUUCUAAUACUAGAAACAUAUAUUAGAUUUCUAAAGGAUCAUUUAACAUUGGCAAAAUGACUGGUUAAAAACUCAGCUUUGCUUUCACAAGAAUAUUUUAAAAUAUAUUAAAUAAGAAAACGGUUCAUUAUUUUAUUAUUAAUCAAAUAAAUGCAGCCUUGGGGCUCCACGGAGCACGAUUUCUACUGAGGGAGCCCCUCAAGGACCACUAGCCUAUAGGGUGCACUUUAUUUAACAUAAUUUAUUAAUCAUUCUUACCAUUAUUUAAUAUAAAUACAAGUGUUCAUUGUUAGUUCAUAGCUUGGGUAUAUCGAAUAAUAUAGUAUUUAUUUAUUACAACUGUACUUAUAUAACACUUUGUAAAAGUUGAGGCAAGCCAGCUAAAGACUGAAUUGUUCACAUUUGAGACAUUCAAAAUAUUCCGCUUCUCCUGAGAUCUCACUGGGAUCUAAAGCAGGGUACUACUUGUUCUUCUUGUACACCAAGAACAUUGACGCAAAGAAAGAGCGAAAGCAUGGGAAACAAGAAAGAAAGAAACAAAAAAGCCAUUUUCCCACACAGAGGACAACACGGACAUUAGUUCAAACCAUUCUAGUCUGCAAAAGUAAUGAAAGCAUGAAGGCCGUAAUUACAUCUUACAUCAUUUCCUCUAUAUUAUACACUGGUCAUGCCAUUGACCCUCCACCACCCCUUUUCUUCAGCACUCCCAUGUACUUCUCAGAUGAACUAACAGUGGUGGACAGAAGAUGCAGUUGUAGACUGUGACGAGUGGGGCGGGGCUGAGAGCUGUGGGAACAGAGCGAGGCUGGUGUAGUUAAUAAUAAUGCACGACACCUGUGCCACUCGAGUCCCACAGAGGAUCUCUGGAGGGAUAAUAGGAGGAGUGACGACAGGGUAAGAUGAGAGAGGACCAGACCUGGAUUUAUUUUGUGUGUGGCAGUCAUCCAAGAGGGGCUGCGGCUUUACUUUCAUUUUGUGUUGGUUUAUUUUUUUCAAUUUUUUAAAUGUUCACCGGUUCCUGCCUCCUUCUUCCCAUACAACCUACUAUGUUACAUUGGUGCCGAAACCCAGAAGGAAGGAGGGACACACUGCCGAAGAUCCCUCGCUGCUAUGGUGAAUCUGUGGUGCCAUCAAGCAGUCUGCUGCCCUGGAGGCUUGAGGCGGUGGGCUAGAGUGAAUUGCCGGGGGUUAGACAAACUUGCAGUCAGCCACCUGGGAUGUGGAGGGACGGCUGUCUGUCCUUACAUACGUCUGUCUGUCCUUACCCCAGGUACGGUGCGGCCGCAGUGAUCGGCUCCCCUGGAGGGGUAUGGGGGUAUGUGAUGAGUGGGGCAGGGCCGAGAGCCGUGGGAACAGAGUGAUGCCGGUGGAGUUAAUGAUAAUGUGCGACACCUUUGCCACUCAUCAGUCUCGAGUCCCACAGAGGAACUCCAGAAGGACUAAAGGAGGGGUGACUAUAGUGUAAGAUGAGAGAGGACCAGGCCUGGACUUUAUUUUUGUGCUGUGUGUGCGUCAGUCGUCCACAAGGGUUUAUUUUAUUAAAUUGCUUUGCCAUCGUUUGCCAGUUCUCGCCUCCUUUCUUCCCACACUACGAGCUAUGUUACAUAGACAUUCACAGAUGACUUUUCACACAUAUGCACCACCCAUGCUCCCUAUUUGUUUAGUGAAUUGUGGUCACUGGAGGGUCAGAUGGAAUAGGCAGAGCAUAUGCUGAAGAGGUAAUAACACUACCACAUAUGUAAAAACAUUUGUUCUGUCAGUAUUGAUGUUCGAUUAGAUUAAAGUAUACAGUUAAAAGGGAUCAGUAAAGUGCACUUAAACAUUAUUUUGCUUCAGCAAGGAAGCCUUAAAAUGAUCAAAACUGAACUUCAAUUCCUUAAAUAAAUCUGAAACCUGUAUCCUGGUCGCCACAAAAUAUUAAAAAGAACAACUGUUUUCAGCAUAAAUAAUAACUGUCUCUUGAGCACCAAAUCAGCAUAUUAGGAUGAUUUCUGAAGGAAGGCGAUUCUGAAGACUGGAGUAAUGGUAGGAAAAUAUUAAAAUAUUUGUUUUAAAAUAUAUUCAAAUUGAAGGUUUGUUUUUGUUUGUUUUAUUGUUAUUAGUAUUUCUUACCAAAAAUCUUACCAACAUUUAAAUGGUAGUGUAUAUGAAUACAUAAACAUCUUUACUCUGAAAAGUAGACUAAAUUGCUGCAGGGUUCCUGUAGUAGAGAAUUGGGUAACACUUUAUUUUAGUGGCCAACUCUCACUAUUGCCUAGUUGCUAAUUAGCAUGUUUAUUAUUAACAUAUACUGUAGGUUGUUUAUUAGUACUUACAACGCACUUAUUCUGCAUGAUAUUCUGCAUUCCUAAUCCUACCCCAAACCUAAACUUAACAACUACUUUACUAACUAUUAAUAAGCAGCAAAUUGGCAAAAUCAUAGUUAAUGGUUUGCUAAUAGCGAGAAUUGGAUCAUAAAAUAAAGUGUGACCGAGAAUUGAUUAUGAAACCUUCUGUGCAAUAACAUGGCGUCAAGAUUUCGGCAGUAUUUUUAUAAAAACUAAAUGAUCUCUGAAGGCUUUCUUCCACAAAAAUGUUUGCACCACUGAAGUGGGCCUUAAACAGGAUAUGUAAACAACCAGAAACCGGAAGUAGCCUAAUCUUAAAUUUAGUUAAACCAGCUCAUCCCAAAUAUCAGACUAGGCUGUUUCGGUAACAUUGUCUUUCUCUCCAGCUAUCAAAACUAGGUAUGAACGUGGUCAUCAUCAGCAGAAACCAAGAGAAGCUUGACAGAGCAGCAAGGAAGAUCGAGCUCACUACAGGACGGGAAGUCAAAGUAAUAACUGCUGACUUCACCAAAGAUGAUAGAUAUGGGUACAUUCGAGAAAACAUUGAGGGUCUGGAAAUUGGUAUUUUAGUGAACAAUGUCGGGAUUCUGCCCAGCCAAAUACCCUGCAAGCUACUUGAAACACCUGACCUGGAAGAAAGAAUACAUGAUGUUAUCAACUGCAAUGUGAAAGCGAUGGUUAAGAUGUGCAGAAUUGUGCUACCAGGAAUGCAGCAAAGAGGAAGAGGAGUCAUUCUGAAUGUGUCCUCAGGCAUAGCCAAAAUACCCUGCCCCAUUUACACCCUUUAUGCAGCAUCCAAGGUUUUUGUUGAGAGAUUUUCACUGGGUCUUCAAGCAGAAUAUAAAUCAAAGGGAAUUAUUAUACAGGUUGUGGCUCCAUUUGGGGUUUCCACACAAAUGACAGGACACCAGAAGCCAGAUAUGGUCACAUUCACACCUGAAGAGUUUGUGAGGAGCUCACUGAAGUAUCUGAAGUCUGGUGAACAAACAUAUGGCAGUGUCACUCACACUAUACUGGGCGGGAUUGUGCAGUCCAUUCCCACCUGGGUCCUGCAGAGCGAAGCAUUUCAGCAUCAUUUUAGGGAAUAUGUAAAGGAGAGGGUCGGAAGCUGAGAGCUGUCAUUCUUUAAGUAUAUGUACAGUAUUAAACAUUUCAUACAUAAGACAACAAAACGGUUGGGUUUGUUUACACUAAUUAUGACAAUACUUUGUUAAAAAUAUAAGACUGGGAAAGAAAUGGAGAGGAAGAAAAACUGACAUGUCUUUGUUUACCCACGGUCCUUCAAAAUACACUAUAUCUGUUGAUAAUAGAACAUAUUAUCAUUAUUAAUCAUAAUCAUAUCAGUAGACAGGAGAUAGUUGAGCUGUACUAACCUUGAUAACAUUAACAGAAGGUCGAUCUCAGAAAGGCCAAAUGACAGAGCAAGAGAUGUGGCCUUGUUAUUGUUCUCUAUAUUUUUGAGAUUAGAAAAUGUUUGGUCUUAGUGCAUUUUAUAAAUAACAUUAAUAUCCACAAAACACAGAUAUUUGGCGCCACAUAGUGGUAAAUGCACUCUAAGGUGAUGGUCUUUAAAGCUUGUCAUUUUUUUUUUUUUUUAUAUAUAAUGUCAUUAUCCACUUAUAUCGACGUUUAUGUGUCUAAUAACAGCAAAAAAUACUUUAUGAAAACCCUUAUUUGGACAGCACUACAAGAAUGUUCACACAUUAUUUAUAUUAAAAUUCAUAUGAAAACAUCUUACAAUUAAAAAAAAAAAAGUAACACUAGAUUCACUACUGUAAUUCAGGUAUAUCUCAUUUACCUUUGAAAAAUCAAUAAAAAAUAACUGCUAGUUUUCGUUUCUGAGGUCCAGCCAGCAGAGGGCAGAUUUGUGACUCCGCAGCAUUACAGAACCUGAAGCACAUCAGCUGUAGUGAUUGAAUCUCUCUCGAGUCGAGUUUCAAAUGUCUUGAAGAUGCUGAGCAGGUAAAGGAUACAAAGCAGUGCAGUCUGAUGGGGAUUUCCACCGCAGAUGUAGUUGUUAAUAAAGCUGUUCUCCCUCGAGCAAGCUGUCCUGAUUGAAAUACAGUUGACAGGAUAACUAUCAGUUUUCACUUGUAUUAAAGGGCUUUCUGUUUUUACUACAGGGAAUUUCCACUGAUAAUUUAUAAUGCUACUUCUUGUAAUAGAAAAGACAUUUAUGUGGAAUAAAAGUGAGGAAAUAAUUAAAAUAAUCACACUUUAUUUUCCUCACUAACUUGGUAAGCUAUGCUUUCUCUGAUUGCAGCAGUGAUGUCUGAAAAUCGAAUGUUUUUAAAAACAAGUGAUGGAUAAAUCAAGAUUUCAGAUCAUCUAAUCAAUCUGCAGGAAACCACCAAUUACCUCAAUACAAUUUCCUAUGGUUUAAAACAUUCUACAAACUACUUUUAUACCCUGUAUCUCGAAAAGUCAAACUUUACCUGUCCCAAAGUUUUGCUAGAUGACUGUUUUGUUUCUGUUUCACUAAAUUAAAAAGAUUGCUAUACAGCUAACUAAUCUAA